CAGAUUUGACCCUUUAUGGAGCUCGAAAUGAAGAAUUUGGUUUGGCUUCUCUUCCUUCCAGGUUUCCUUUGCAAUGAAAACCCAUUGAAGAUAAACCCUGAUUCCCUGGUUACCUGGAAAGGAUCCUGUGUGUUGAUUCCCUGCCAGAUUAGUACCUAUAAGGGAGCUGUUCUCGUUGACAUCUCCCUGCUUUGGUAUUUUCAGCCUUUUUACGAUGCAAACCUGUCAGACUACUCUGGUUGCUUACUGUACAACAGCUCUUCAACAUCAAGAAGCUACGGAACCCGAUCGCAAUCUGCUUCUGCAAGACGGUUUGAAUUUGUAGGGAAUUUAGAGAAGAAAAACUGCAGUUUGAAGAUCUCUCAAGUCCGGACGGAGGACAGUGGCAUCUACGGGGCAAGACUUUCUGCCUCAUAUUCCAUACCAGUUCAGCACAAUAAGUGGUUUCUCACUGCUACAGUUAAUGUUCCUGAGUCACCUCCAACUCCUAAGAUAGACAUCAACCCUAAAGAUGUCCAAGAAGGGUGGACCACAGUGACCUGCUCUGUACCGUAUCAUUGCCCUGAAGAACCUCUAAGACUGACUAUCAGCGGGUUAGAAGAAUCUCGUUUGUCUACGCAAAGAACCACUGUCAUUGGGUAUGGCUCAAGACUUCCAUCAAAAUCAAGAACCGCUAUAAAUAAUGGAAUGAUCCAAACAGUCGUGGGUUUUCAAGUGACUGGGAAGGACCAUGGGAAGUCUCUCGUCUGCUCCCUGAAAAGACAGAAUGGGACAGAAAUAUCCCAGAGGACCAUGAAACUGGAUGUGAAAUGUGAGUUCUGUCCUUUUUAUGAUAUAAGCCAGACAGAGUACUCUGGUGACUUACUAUACAACAGCUCUUCAACACCAAGAAACUACCAGACCCGAUCACAGACUGCUUCUGCAAGUCGGUUUGAGUUUGUAGGGAAUUUAGAGGAAAAAACCUGCAGUUUGAUGAUCUCUCGAGUCCGGACAGAGGACAGUGGUAUCUACGGGGCAAGACUUUUUGCCUCACAUUCCAGACCAGUUCAGCGCAAUAAGUGGUUUCUCAAUGCUACAGUUAAUGUUGCUGAGUCACCUCCAGUUCCUAAGAUAGACACCAGUCCGAAAAUUCUCCAAGAAGUCUGGACCACAGUUACCUGCUCUGUACCGUACCAUUGCCCUGAAGAACCUCUAAGACUGAUUAUCAGUGGGUUAGAAAACUCUCGUUUUUCUUCAAAACCCCCCACUAUAACUAAUGGAGUGAUCCAAACCGUCAUGCGUUUUCAAGUGACCUGGAAGGACCAUGGGAAGUCUCUGAUCUGCUCUCUGAAAAGAGAUCGGAAAGAAAUAUCCCAGAAUACCAUGCAGCUGGAUGUGAAAUAUGCUCCUAAAGAUGUUCAUGUGAGAGCUUCUCCUGGAACGAUCAUUCGAGAGGGAGAGACGCUGUCUCUGGAGUGUAUGAUUAAUAGCAGUAACCCAGAGGUUUCUGAGUACCUUUGGUAUCAGGAUGAUCAACCGAUGUAUGAACAGCCAAAACUCAAAAAAAUUGAAUUUGUAACCAAAGGAGAACGGCAUUCUGGUGCUUAUAGAUGUGUGGCUAAGAACAGUGUUGGGUCCCAGAAGUCAGAAGAACUCAGCAUAGAUGUCCAGUGUGAGUUGAUUCAUUGCGAUGGUGCAGUUGAUGGAACAUUGAAUGUGGGAAUAAUCAACAUAAUAGCAGGAGUCUCUCUUCAAGCUUGUGAUGCCAUCGUCUUCCAUUCUCGUUCUUUCAGAUAA